GAUUCCCUUUCAUUAGACAGAAAGACAGACCCUUGAUCGACACCGGAAAAACCCAGGAGGAACCCACAGAAGAUGUCAGCAUUCCCAAAGAUCUCGAUCUGGUGGCCCUGCCACAACUUUGCUUUCCAGAGAAGACAGAUCUGGACAGGUUUCAUGGACUCAGCAGAGCUGUGCAUUUGGGAAUCUACUGACCCAACCAAACCACCCAAACGGGUCACACUCCCGGACAGCAGCGGGGUCCCCUGUAUGAUCAGGGUGAAGGAUCAGAUCUGGAUUAGCUGUAUUAGUGGUGGGUCAGGCCUCAGUAAGGUUUUGGGGAAGAUCUUUGUUUUGGACUCCGAAGCCUUUGUGGUGGAGAAGGAACUUGAGGCCCAUGGAGACUGUUCAUACGCUUUUCUCAGCAUAGGAUCGAUACGUGCUCAGUGGCUUUGCAAGCCUUGAUGGCAAAUUGUUUUUUAAGU